GAAAAUCUUUAGCCUUGGCCGCCACCCUUGGGAUGGUGGCUGGCCUGGGUGGGGAAACCACGAUGCCCUGAAUUUCAGCUCUCGCAAGCCAAGAUCAUGGCAGAAUUUUGGAGCUCAGAAGCAUAUAAGAUGGUUGCUGGUUCCUCCGAUCCUAUGUCACAGACUAUGUACCUGCGGGAGGAGAAAACGGUCGCCAUAAACCGAGCCACGAGCCUGUGCGAGAGUCUCAACGCCGAAUUGGAGGGAGUCUUGGAUGACCGAAAGUACGACGUCGACCUCGUGAUGGAGACCAUCUCCUCCACGUUUGCGGAUCCUCGUUCGAAGAGUCCCACCCGAAAAACCAAGGACCUCUGCAAGGAUAACCACCUGAACUUCAGAGCUCUGGAAGAACAGAAAGAAUUGGUGGGUGAAGAGUCAUCCCUAGCGUCUCAGCCAGUCAUAGAAGAGAAUAUCCCUCCUCACAAGGAGAAAAAAGAGAUCCAGACUGAGGACCGAGCCAUUCAACACGAAGAGAAGACAACCGAGAUGCCAUCCAAGAAGACAUUGGACACCUUACACACACCCACUGGACCCAUCAUUAUCUUGCUCGAAUCGAGCUCAGUGGAACAACUUAAGGAUGAACGGAGAGCUAUUCUUGAGGAACCCAAAGCUGCUGAGAAGGAACUCUCACCAUCCCAUCCUGUGCCAAAGAGUGAAGCCUUGGCCAUCUUGCCACCUCCUUCUGAAGCUCCACGAUCUGUUCCGCUUCCGGAGAAGACUCCACCAAUCUUCCCAUCUCCUCCUCCACAGGAAACAAGGAUUCCUCAACCAACAUCCUUUGAGGAAGGCUCAGUCCUUCAUAUAUUGUUUGAGAAGACCAAACCUGUCUUUGAGAUGGUCCCAAAGGGGCUUCAUACGAUCAUACAAGAAAUUGCAACAAUGCAUCAUCCAGAGACCGAAGCACCAACCCAAACAGAACCAAAGAAGGAAGAAGCGGAGAGCAUUGUGGUAACCCACAAGGGGAGACUCUUAUCCCAACGAGGAAAGGAGAAGGCCACCAAUGAAGAGAUGUCUUCUCUCUCUGGGAAGGAAAAGGCUUCAGCUAUGGCCACCAGCCUCAGCUCAUUCGUGGUAUCGCCCGUGGGACAGGUCUUUGCGGACACCAUUGAGCGGGCGCUGAGUAAAUCCGAGGAAUGGCUGAAUUAUUACCUUCCAGCACCAGAGUCCAACAAGGCCCUUUCCAAUGCCACCUCUGGGGAAGUGGACACGUCUAUGCAGGAUCUUUGCAAGGAAGGUUGUUUCGUGAGGAUCAAUUCGCUUUCGACCCAGCUGAGGACCCGGGCCUUCAAAAUUGUGUUGCACCAAAUCAAGGCAGCGCGUCAAAAUACACACGAAAGUCUCUCGCUGCUUGAUCAGAUCUUAGAGAUGGUGGAAUAUGCCCAGACCACCGGGACCACCACCUUGUCAAACGUCCCCCAGCAGUUGUCUAACUUGUGGACUCAGUGGAAUACAUCCCAGGGUCCGCCCAACACAAAACCAACAUCGGGGACGGUCAAAGAGUCCCUCUCUUUACUGCCCGAGCAACUGGAGUUGAAAGCUUUACUUCUGACCCGUGACCUGGCCCGGGAGCUCUACCACACCUACCACAACCUCUUGCCGCACAUCUCCGAGCUGCCAGCACACCUGCAGGAGAAGGUGACUCAGAUCCACGAAAACCUGGAGGAGAUGCAGGGCUACUUGUCCUCCAGCACCAACCUGAGGGAUCUGCCCAACAGCAUCGUUCUCCAAAGCCGGCAAAAAAUAGCCACGGCCCGGGAGAAUCUGGAUGAGCUGUUGGAAUUCAUGGGAAGGAAUUCGGGGUCUUCCUGGCUGCCCCAACCCAGUUCUUCUCGCUCAGGCAAGGAACUGUUGUAUCAUCCCGCCCUCAGACAGCGAGAAGGGGCCACCUCCGAGCAGAAGGCCAAGGCAGAGAGCCCAGGGUCUCGGCAGUUUCCCCACCCACCUCCACCAGUCCCGUAGUCUCCUUGGACCCACAGGUGCCAAACGUUGAAAGACUGAGGAGCUAGUGGGCUUCAGCUCCACCGCAGAAGUCCUGGGAGGGAGAUGGAGGCCUCUUAGGGCUGGGGUGAGGUAGGUCAGCCACCCUGAGCCACCAGAAGGGUUUCAGGCAUCGUUUCCAAUUAAAGACCCUUGGAAACCAGCAAGCAUCUGCACGUUCCUUCAGGAUCUCCUCAAACAGGAGAUGCGUUGUUCCAGCUAAGUAUCUAGGCUUGAGGAGUUCCUCAAGCUUGUCAGCUUGACGAUAGGUGGACUUCAACUCCCAGAAUUCCUGGGAGUUGAAGUCCAUCCAUCUUCACGCUAAGCUUGAGGAGCACUGCUCUAUUGGGUAGAGUUGGCCUCUUCUGGCUUUCAAGCUGAGUUGAAGACGUUCUACCACCUCAUGGCUGGUGGUGACGGUGGACAGCAGG